CUCGAGAGAGCGGUGCGCGGCUGGCCAGCCUGAGCAAGGCGCUGGGGCUCGGGCGGGCGGGCGGACGGACGCAGUGAGCAGACAGACGCCCAGCGGCCGCCAGCCCCACGCAGUUCCAGCCAGGCUUGCACCCCGAGGCCGGCAGCAGCCUGUGCCCGGCGAAAUCUCCCGCGCUCUGCCCGCUCCGGCUCCCGUGCCAGCGCCCGGGGGCCGCCUCCUGCCAAGUGACCGCUGCCUCUCCGCCUCCGAACGGCCCGGGACCAUGAAGCUGCUGCCUUCAGUGGUGCUGAAGCUCUUUUUAGCUGCAGUGGUCUCGGCAUUGGUGACUGGAGAAAGCCUGGAGCGGCUUCGGAGAGGGCUGGCGGCCGAAACCAGCAACCUGGACUCUCCCACCGAAUCUCCGGACCAGCUGCUGCCCCCAGGAGGCGGCGGGGGCCGGGAAGUCCUGGGCUUGCAAGAGGCAGACCUGGACCUUUUCAGAGCUGCUUUCUCCUCUAAGCCACAAUCUCUGGCCACACCAAGCAAGGAGGAUCGUGGGAAAAGAAAGAAGAAAGGCAAGGGGCUAGGGAAGAAGAGAGACCCAUGUCUUCGGAAAUACAAAGACUUCUGUAUCCACGGAGAAUGCAAAUAUGUAAAGGACCUCCGUGCUCCCUCCUGCGUCUGCCACCCAGGUUACCACGGAGAGAGAUGCCAUGGGCUGAGCCUCCCGGUGGAAAAUCGCUUGUAUACUUACGACCACACAACCAUCCUGGCUGUGGUGGCGGUGGUGCUGUCAUCUGUCUGUCUGCUUGUCAUCGUGGGACUUCUCAUGUUUAGGUACCACAGGAGAGGAGGUUAUGAUGUGGAAAAUGAGGAGAAAGUGAAGUUGGGCAUGACCACUUCCCACUGAGAGAGACCUGUGCUCAAGGAAUUGGCUGGGGAUGCUACCUCUGAGAAGACACAGGCUGAUCGCGGACUCUGCAGAGGCGAAGGACUUCACAACUAGCUCUGAAGACACCUUUGUCCCCAGUUGCUACCUAGAUUGGACCUCCCGUAACUGCUUUGCCAAAAUACCAGAGCCUUCAAGUGCCAAACAGAGUAUGUCCAACAGGAUCUGGGGCAGAAGAAAGCAAACGUGAAGGACCUUCGUGCCCUUCUGAUUCCCCUCCACCCAACCCUACUGCCCCCCAUGAGUUUGUUCAAACACUUAUCUUCUGGAUUAAGAUGCCAGUUACAUUCUAUAUGCUCCAGGAUCUUUGACCGAAAAAAAAAGGAGAGGAAGAAUGAAACGUUUGUAGAUGGGAAGAAAGUAACAAAGAUUGAGAAGCCAUGUACUCGAGAAGUCACCGAGGGCCCUGCCAUUUGGACCCUGUGGAGCUGGAUUUGAUGAGCUAACUGUGAAAUAUCCCAAGCCUGAGAACUCUGAAUUCUGGGACUUCUACCCAGAUGGAAAAAUAACAACUAUUUUUUUUGUUGUUGUUUGUAAAAUGCCUCUUAAAUUAUAUAUUUAUUUUAUUCUAUGUAUGUUAAUUUAUUUAGUUUUUAACAAUCUAACAAUAAUAUUUCAAGUGCCUAGACUGUUACUUGGGCAAUUUCCUGGCCCUCCGCCCUGCAUCCCCCACCACUUGGCUCAGUAUCACUCUCCCCUGCUGCAAAUCCAAGAUGGCUCUGUGACCAUCGGUAGGGAUCUAUCAUCUGUCCACAUUUCCAAACAUCUUCGAUGCUCGGAGUCGGUAUGGUCAGGAUGUAAGAGUUAACUUUGUCAGAUCCACUCUAUGAGUCGGACUGCAGUGUUGCCUAGGCAAUUUUGUCUACAUUUUGUGUUUUGAAAGCCCAAGGUGCUGAUGUCCAAACGUAACAGACACUGGUGUUUCCCUGUGUCCUCUUCCUGCUGACUCUCAGGAGGUUGGGCUUCCUUGCCUGCAGCUUUCCUGGCCCCUCCUCCACCACAGCCCCAGGCCCACAGGGUGGGAACUCCCUCUCCCCGGUGUAAGACAUUUCUCUACUCCCGCUCUUCUUCCGGCGCUACUCCAUGCAGGGGUCUGUGCAGCAGAGGGUAAUCCAGAGAAGGUGUUAGCCAAGAAAAAGGCUGAGGAGAACAGAAACAUUGGAGCUGACUGUUCUUGGUAGUCAGUAACCUAUCGAUUGCUACAAAGAAGUUUGGAGGUGAGGAGGGCUUCUGUGUAAACCCACCCCACCUCACUAAAACUACAAAGGUAUGCUGUCAUAGUCCCUUCUGGAAGUUUCUGGUGCCAUUUCUGAACUGUUACAACCUGUAUUUCCAAACCUGGUUCAUAUUUAUACUUUGCAAUUCAAAUAAAGAAAAUCCUUAUUCCAUA